UUCGUGACUAUUAAAUUUUAACAGGAAAAAAACUUUGGAUCUCAUCUCCCGUUUCUCCCCGUUGACUUUGAUGGCAGAGCUCCUCCAGCAUUUCUCCCAUGAAUGCCCGUUGACUUCUCCAAAGAUCGUCGCAGACGGGGUUUGCAGCAUUUGCUACAAAGAUGAACUUGUCGAGUUCGCAUGUAGCCCUUGCGAUUUCAAUCUUUGUAAAGCUUGCUCUCAUCUGCCGCCAAAGGUAUCACACGAUUUCCAUCCGGAUCAUCCUCUAGAGUUUUGCCUACGUCUGUUCGAUCAGAAACCUGGACACAUCCUCUGUUCCGGGUGUGGCAACAUGUCUUCUGGUUCUUUUUACAAGUGUGAAGAGUGUGAGAUCUACUUGGACAUGGGGUGUGCGCAGAGUGAGAACAUCUUCAGAGGAUGGGAUGAAGACAAAGAGCUGCUCCAUUACAGCCAUUGUCACUUGCUUAAGAGGUGUAAACCGGGACCAGACGCUAGCGGUUCUUGCCUUCUCUGUGAGCUUACCCUCUCUCCCUCUGCAAUAUGUUAUGGUUGCGUUCAUUGUUACUCAUUCGUUCACGAACACUGUAUUGAUUUUCCGAGAGAGAUUGUACAUCCUGUGCAUCCCGCACACCCUCUCAAACGUCUUGAUUACACACGAACUAGUUACUGUAAAAUAUGCACGGAGAUUAUUGCCAGUGUCCCGUUUGGUUGCCAAGAAUGUGAUUUUAACGUUCAUUUGAGGUGUUUAGAUUCCUUUUUGCGAGGUCUUAUGCACAAGUCUCAUCCCCACAAGUUGAUUUAUAGAACUAAAUCUCACAUAAGUUUCACACGAAACUAUCAAUGUGAUAUAUGUAAUAGAUGUAAUGUGAUAUCUCUUGACUCUUUUUAUUGCUGGAUAGAAUGUGGUAUGGAUUUCCAUUUCGAGUGUCUUGAGAUACCUGAGUUUGUGGUCGAGAAGUCCCAUCACAUUCAUCCACUUGUGUGCAAAUUGCUCCCACAUGAAAAUGAUUUUUUGGAGUAUUGUGGCGUUUGCGAGACAAUGGUAUCCGCAGGACAUCAUGCUUAUUCUUGUGAAGAAUGUGAUUUUCUAGGCCACAUUGAAUGCAUUUUACGCAAGGAAGCACCUUCCCCAUUAUACUUGAAAGAUCUUUACUGCAAGAGUAAAGACAACACGAGUUCAAUUCAUCAAGGGGACCAUGAUACCAUUGACUUGAAACAAAAACUUAUGGUUAAUAGUAUGAAGGGGCAUAUACAUGUGAUGAGAUUGGUUGAUUUCAGUGAACUUGGUGAAAGUGCAAACUGCGAAAUAUGCAAUACGAAAAUACUUGGUAGCCCAUGUAAAUGCGAGACAUGCAGCUUCCAGGCUCAUCAUUUCUGCGCAGAGCUAGGGAGACCAUUACAACAUCGAGUUCAUAAGCACCCUUUGACACUCUUGCCAAAGGCCCCUGCAGGUGCAGGUGUUACUAUGAAUUGUAACAUUUGCACAAAAGGAAUACAAGGGUUCAAUCUCUUUUGUCGCCUAUGCAAUUUUGUCAUCCAUACCAACUGCAUAUUUAGAGGUAAACAUUUAUUUACAGAGUUACAAAGGGGGCAAAAAAUCAUAGGAAGCUGGGAAGGGACUAAAUGCAUUCAGCAAAAGCAUUAUUUGGAUCAAAUUAUGGUUUCAAAGUCAUAUCCGAUGCCUUGUGCUAUCUGUGAAGAUAAGGUGUGUGGGAAAGACAAGACCAUGCAAAUGGCGUCGCUUGAUCUUUCAACAUUUGACGAGCGUCUCAUCAUUCAAAACUCACUUGUUUCAUGUACCAAGUGUGAAGAUGUAUACCAUCCUCUGUGUGUUGAAGUUGAAAGGCAAAAAAGAUUCUAUCCUCCAAUACACCCUGAUCACGACCUUCGAGUUUCAUUUGUUAGUGGUUCCAAGUGCAGAGUCUGCAAGCUGAAUAUUAAAAAGUAUGGCUAUAGUUGUUCCACCUGCGAAAUCAGUUUCCAUAUUAAAUGCAUCAAAGCGGUGAGAUCCUCAGCAAAUAGCAAGCCUAAGCCUCACAGUCACUAUUUCUAUCACUUUUGGAUUGAUGAAUCGACGAUCACUCGAAACUGCCGUGUGUGCGCUAAACCUUGUGGUGUGUCGUUCUACGGAUGUAUUAGUUGUGACUUCAACGUCCAUGCAGAGUGUAUUGGGUUUCCAUCAAAUGUGAAGAAUCAAAAACAUCAGCAUACUCUCAUGGUAGAACAGCAUCGUCGUUUCGGGGGGCUGCGUGCCUGCGUUCUCUGUGGAGAAAGUAUUGGGACUAGGAGAGUAUCAGGAAGUAAAUACUGCAAUGUGCAUUAUUCAUGCAAUCACUGUACGGACGUGUUUCACCUCAAAUGCAUAAUGUCUUCUACGGAUGACCGUGAAGCUGCAACAGAAGAAGAUCAACUUAGAGACAUCUAUCUUAUGUACCUUGAGCGUCAUCUCUUGGAGGUGUUAGAAAAUGAAGGAAGCCAUUAUUGGUAAUUUGGUAUUAAUUAGUUUUGUACCCUUCCCCGUGUGAACUAAGGAAGGCUACUUCUCUUCUCUUCUCUUCUCUUCUCUGAGGUUAUGUCUUUGUUUGAUUUGUGUUUACUUCUUUUCAGAGUGCCAAGUUUGUUUGAUUUGUGUUCACUUUUUUUCAGAGUGCCAAGUUUGAUGCUGGUGUGCCUGUAGCACUGUUUCAAAAACGUUUGUAUUUUUAACACGAAUUUCUUACCAUCUUCUUCAUAUCUCAAUAUUGGAUUCGAUGAUAUUCUUAACGACACAUGAAUUUACAAGAAAAAAAGUGCAAAAUUAGUUUAAUU